CACAUACAGGCACACAUAGUCAGUCGAAGUCUAUUAUUUCCUUUCCUGCACUAGAUAUUUUAAUUAUUUUAAUUAACUAGAAUUAUGGCUGAUAAAAAGGAAAUUACUCAAAAUGUUAAGGAUGACGAGUUGGAUGAGCUAUUAGACAGUGCUUUGGAAGAUUUUGAAAAAGUCUCUGGAGCUUCCAGUACACAAAAAUCGAAUAAUAGCGAUGAUGUAGAGGAUCCACCAAUGGAAACACUAUGGAAUGAAGAGUUUAUUAGAGAUCAAGCAAAGCUAUUUGAAGAACAAAUGCAGAAAAUGUUUGGGGCAACUGGAAAUGAGCAGGUCUCGCCAGAACAAAUGACACUCGGAUUCCAAAGAAUUGCAGAAGCAGCUGCCAUGUCAGUUGAUCCAAGUCAAGCUGCUCAAGUUCCAGAUAUUGAUCCAGCAUUUACACAAAGCAUAAAGGAAGUUUUAAAAGGAUUUAGUGAAGGACAGCAAAACUUACAGCAACCAUUCAAUUCAGAGGACAUAGCUGGAAUGUUUGGAAACAUCAAUUUGAAUGAAAGUGGAGAGAAUAAUGCAUUUUUACCAUUCAUGCAAGGUAUGAUGCAAAGCUUGUUAUCAGCUGAAGUCUUAUUGCCUAGUUUAACAGAGCUAAAAUCAAAAUAUCCAGAAUGGCUGGCUGAAAAUGGACCAAAAAUAACACCAGAAGAAAAGGAACGAUAUGAGAAUCAAUAUAAGUUAAUGCAAGAAGUGUGUACUGAGUUAGAAAAAGAAAAGGAAGAUGAUAGUGCUGAUGUCAAAAAAGAUCGUUUUAAUAUUGUCCUCGAUCGAAUGCAAAAAAUGCAAGAUUUGGGCCAGCCACCUGCUGAAAUUCUCGGUGAAGGUGCUGAAAAUCCAGCAAUUCCUACAAUGCCAAUCGAUGGUGCACUUAAUAACGAACAGUGUUCAUUAAUGUAAUUUCCCCGAUCGCAAUUUCCGAGCUUGUGUUUCCUCUUAUGGUUUUAUUGCAGUUUAUGUUUGUGGUUUUAAUGGGAAAAACUUUACUUUAUUAUUUUCGUUACCAAUUUAAUACAUGACGAAAUGGAUUGUGAGAAAAAAAAGAUUAUAUUGCUAUAUAUUUUGUUUCAAAUUCGACAAUGAAAUAAAUUUUAGAUAAUUUAUUUUAAUGAA